AUGACUAAGAGAUCGUUUUAUGAAGAUGAUGAUUACAUUGUCAAUAAACCAGGUACAAUUACUGCAAUUACAUCAGAAUUAGCAGAAAAAGAAUCAACUCAUGGAAAUGUUAAAUUUAUUGAUGGAAUGAUUAUUAGAACAACACCAAUUUUAGAAAAAUAUAGUAAUUUAUUAAGAAAUUUAAUUUAUGAUAAAUUAUCAAUAUUUGAAGCUGAAUUAAAUACUCAAAAAUCAGCAUUUAAAAGUGAAAUUAAUAAUUUAAUUUAUGAAAUUAAUGAAAUUAUUAAAGAACCAGUAUUACCUAAUUUAAUUUAUAUUUUAACUUUAAGUUUAUCAGGUAGUAUAAUGGUUAGAAAUAGAAAUAUAAUGUUUAGAUUUUUAAAUCCAGUUUUAUUUGGUGGUGUUGGAUUAUGGUAUUUUAUGCCAUUAACAUUUAAUCAAUUAGGUAAGAAAUAUAAUGAAUUAGAAUUGAAAUAUUCACCUGAAUUAAAUAAACAAAGAAUUGAAUUUAAUAAAAAUUUAAAUAUUUGGGGAAAUGAAUUACUGAAUGGAAUUGAAAAUGCUAAAGGUUCUGUACUUCAAGCUGUUCAUGAUUUUAGAAAAACUGUCAAAGAAAAAUGGGAUUAG